AUGUUUCGCGCGCAAUCGAAUAUCUUCGACGAUGUCGUCGAAAAGGCGACCGACGAGAACCUGACGAGCGAGAACUGGGAAUACAUACUGGAUGUAUGUGACAAAGUCGGAUCUGCGGAUACGGGCGCCAAAGAUGCAGUUGCUGCCAUGAUCAAGCGGCUAGCACACCGAAAUGCGAACGUGCAACUUUAUACCCUCGAGCUCGCGAACGCCCUCAGCCAGAACUGUGGAAUUCAAAUGCACAAGGAGCUUGCAUCGCGGAGCUUCACAGAUGCUCUGCUAAGGCUGGCUGGCGACAGAAAUACACACCAGGCUGUCAAGGCAAAGAUACUUGAACGCAUGGCGGAGUGGACUGAGAUGUUCGCUCGUGACCCUGACCUAGGCAUCAUGUCGGGCGCCUACAUGAAGCUGAAGACACAGAAUCCAAAUCUGCGAGCACCCUCCAAGCCACAGAAGACGCAGAUAUCUGAUACGGACCGCCAGAAGGAGGAGGAAGAACUACAAAUGGCGCUCGCAAUGUCGAUAAGGGAGUCAAAGGGCGCAGCCCCGACUGCUGCAAAAUCCAACACACCACAAGAAGCUGGGUCAAGCGCAACUCCCCAACCCGCAAAGUCAUCACAGCCUGUACCCGCGGGCACCACCGCGGCGACGGUUUCACGAGUGCGAGCCCUGUUCGACUUCCAGCCCUCGGAGCCCGGCGAGUUGCAGUUCCGCAAGGGCGAUAUCAUUGCAGUGCUGGAGUCAGUGUACAAGGACUGGUGGAAGGGAUCGCUCCGCGGGCAGACAGGCAUUUUCCCGCUCAACUAUGUCGAGAAGUUGCAAGAUCCAACACGCGAAGAGCUGGAGAAGGAAGCGCACAUGGAGGCCGAGGUGUUUGCCCAAAUACGCAACGUGGAGAAGCUGCUCGCCUUACUGAGUACAAGCUCACAAGCAGCGGGCGGCGAUGUCCGAGACAACGAGGAGAUUACAGAGCUAUACCACUCAACACUAGCCAUCAGGCCGAAGCUGAUUGAGCUGAUUGGCAAAUACUCGCAGAAGAAGGAUGACUUCACGCAGUUGAACGAGAAGUUCAUCAAGGCUCGUCGGGACUACGAGUCUAUGCUCGAGGCCUCAAUGUCUCAGCCUCCUCAACCUGCAUACGGUGGCCGUCCCCCCUACGGCGCCUACAAUGCGCCUCCACCCUCGAACUAUGCUGGAUAUCCGCCUACAUCUUCUCCUCCUCCCCUUCAGCAAGACCCAACCCGUUUCAACUAUGGCGGGGCACCUCCUCCGCAAGGAGCCCCUCCUCAGUUCCCACCCGCAGCGUCAACCCCUGCAUUCUUCAUGGUGCCGCCCGUUGACCAACGGCCUCAGCAACAAACACCGAAACCAGCUCCCGUAUCAGACCCUUACGCACCUCCCCAGGGCAGGGUACCAGUAGGGGGUCGACCGCAAAGCUUCGCACCCCAGGAGCUAGCAACUGGACACCAUGAUUCGCCUGUGGACAAUCGACAGUCAUUCGUCGCGCCCACCCAAGCACAAGGAGGCGCCUCAGCACCACCGAACUACGACUAUCCCCCUUCGCAACAACCCGGUGGAUAUCCUCCACAGCAAGGUGCAGGCCAACAAGGACCACCACAAGGAUACGAACAACUCUCAUCGCCACCACCACAGCCUGCUCAUGACCAACAGCCUCCCUCGGACCCAUACUCGCAACCACCGCCUCAACAAGGAUAUGGAUACCCACCACAACAACCCGCAUAUGCGCCACCUGCAGCACCUGGACCAGCAUCUAGCCCCCCACCACCUACGCAAGGAUAUAUGCCAUAUCGACCUGGAGGGCAAGCCCCGAGUGCGCCACCUGUUGGUGGGGACGAGGGAUUUUACCGAUAG